AUGGUGGUCACUUCGGGUAAACCUGCAGUACCCGCUUUGGAGCUCACUCCUGUUAAAGAGGCAUCGAUUUUCGCGGAAAUAUGUCGGCGCGAGGCCAGGUUCACGAAGACCAGUACGGGCUUCACAGUCAAUCCGGUGUCGAGAACUGCUCGAAGUUACGGUUUUCAGAAACUUGCAAUUUCUACGGAGAAACCAUUGGUUACUCUACCGUUUACCGCAAGGGAGUUCACUGGAAAGCGACGGGAAUGCUAUGAGGUUACACAGGCGAGGAAACGUCAAGGCAAGUACAUUCCCUCUGACUUGACAGACUUGCCCGUCACACAGGCUCAAGAUGUUGGGUGGAUACAGGGAGCGUAUAUGCGUUUGUUGGAGGAGCGGUGUGAGACGAAGCGAUCAAUUCCCAAAAUAUCAACCCCGGUGGAAGUCGGAGAUGCGCGAGGUAUGGUGAAGGGAAGCCAAACUGCGAGGGCACCGAAUGGCUGGUCGGGUGAUAAGCGGGAGUGGCGUCCAUCUACUGCGAGGGUUGAUCGCAAAACGCCGGAUGCGGGGAUAGAACCUAAGCCUGUGGUUAUACCAAGGGUGAAGGCUGCCGCGCGCUCCCGCUGUGCCAAGAAGGCCGUCCGCCCGAAGACUGCUGUGAAGCCCGCGGUGUCGGAAUCAAAGACAGAUGAUAAUAACGAAGACGCUAUAAGGCCAAAAAGUGCACAUCCGGCUGGCAGUUGGGACAGUUGGACUCACUCUAGAAGGGUGUCUCGCACUAAGAGGCCGCCACCACUGCAACAAGCUGCUAUACGAAGUACUCUGGCCAAGGGUGUAGCGAAUGCCUUGAUGAAGUCAUGCGUAGACACUAGGUGGGGCCGCCCUAGGAAGAGUUGUGAUGUCGUCCGGGAUACUAUAACGAGCUUCAAGACCGAUGUUGACGGCAUAUCACGGCGACUGAACAAGCUCAUUCGUAUGGAGCAGGAGAGGCGAACUGAUACCGAGAUUGUUCGCUCCUAUGUAACUCACCAGCAGCGCAACGAUGAAAACACAGAAGCAGUUGAGGUGGCCGCGAAAGUCGUCCCUGAAUCUACGGACGUCGGCAAGCCACGGAGAAUUUACAUGUUCACUUAUGGUGGCCCUCCUGCGUGGUCACCCCCGGUUCAAAUGCCUCUGGGGUUUUGUCUUGGCAUGGAAAGCGCCUUGCAACAGGAGAUCAGGGUCGAGGUGUUGGGACCACCCGUGGAUGUCACCAAAAAGGAGUUCACCGACCCUAAAGCCUUGAAGCCAUUCGUGUUAUUGAAUCGGUUGAAGAGCAUGCCUUCUGACGCACUGAUGAUAUUCAACGACGCCUUAGAUGUGUGGUUCACGCCUCAUGCCAGCGAGGAAGCAUUUGUGAAGGCGUUCGAGAGAGAACUGCAAAUUCCAGAAGACACUAUUUUGGUCUCGGCGGAGCGUAACUGUUGGCCUCCACCAGAGAGGAUGCCCUACUGCCGAGACUACCCUGCCAGUGAGCAUGGGACUACAUAUAAAUACGCCAAUACUGGUGGCUGGAUGGGCCGAGUUAAGACAACGUGGACGGCUUGCAUUAUGGAUGGCAAAGAUGAGCAAGGCUGCGUGCAGUGGUUUUACAGAGAUGCUAAGGAGAGUCGACAAUAUAGGGAAAACGUUGGAGCCUUUAGAAUUGCCCUGGACGACACGCAAAUGAUAUGGCAAACACUGUGGGGGACGAAGUUUGCUAAUGUGGAGCGUGCGUUCCUUGAAGUGGACAGGGCAGGGUUUGGGGAGGAGGAUGCGGGGAAGCUGGUGAACCCAGAAACAUCGACGACGCCGUUGGUGGUCCAUUUUAAUGGGCCCAAGGACACUUUGGUGCAGUGGAUGAAAGUAGGCUAUUAA